AAUGAAAUUCAACAACGAAUCAACAACGAAGGAAUUCCUAAGGAAGUUUUGCAGCAUAUAUCUAAAGGAGAUAAAGGAAAGGAAAUAAGUGAAAUAUCUGCCUUGAAUGAGUCAAGUUUGAUGAGAGAGCAAACUGAAGUUCUAAACAACCUGCAAGCUGCUGACUGCUCUGGUUCUCCCUCCUCUUUUGCUAUUCCA